AUGUUCUACGAUUGCCUCUUCUCGGCUGCCUGUCAGCAAGGUGCCAUGCGGGCAAGCGAGACCGUGUCAGAGGCCAGUCCGGGCUCCACAGCCAGCCAGACCAGCGUCCCCACCCAAGUGGUUCAGCAGGUGCAGGGCACCCAGCAGCGACUGCUGGUCCAGACGAGCGUGCAGGCCAAGGCGGGCCACGUGUCACCCCUCCAGCUCACCAACAUCCAGGUGCCCCAGCAGGCUCUCCCCACACAGCGUCUGGUGGUGCAGAGCACAGCUCCAGGUGGCAAGGGCGGCCAGGUCUCCCUGACAGUCCAUGGGACCCAGCAGGUGCACUCGCCCCCUGAGCGAUCACCAGUGCAGGCCAACAGCUCCUCCAGCAAGACGGCUGGGGCUCCCACGGGCACGGUGCCGCAGCAGCUGCAGGUCCAUGGCGUCCAGCAGAGUGUCCCCGUCACCCAAGAGAGGUCUGUGGUCCAGGCCACUCCACAGGCGCCCAAAGCUGGCCCGGUGCAGCAGCUGACCGUGCAGGGGCUCCAGCCAGUCCACGUGGCUCAAGAGGUGCAGCAGCUCCAGCAGGUGCCCGUCCCACACGUGUACUCCAGCCAGGUGCAGUAUGUGGAUGGUGGAGAUGCUAGCUACACGGCCAGUGCCAUCCGCUCCAGCACCUACCCCUACCCUGAGACGCCGCUGUACACGCAGACGGCGGGCACCAGCUACUAUGAGGCUGCAGGCACAGCCACCCAGGUCAGCACCCCCGCCACCUCUCAGGCGGUGGCCAGCAGCGGCUCCGUGCCCAUGUACGUGUCCGGCAGCCAGGUCAUCGCCAGCUCAACCAGCAGCGGGGGUGGGGCCAGCAACAGUGGUGGCGCUGGCACCGGCAGCGGGGGAGGUGGUGGCAGUGGCGGGGGUGGCAGUGGUGGCAGCAGCAGCAGCAGCAGUGGAGCAGGCACCUACGUGAUCCAAGGCGGCUACAUGCUGGGCAGUGCCAGCCAGUCUUACUCCCACACCACCCGUGCCUCACCAGCCACGGUCCAGUGGCUGCUGGACAACUAUGAGACUGCUGAGGGCGUGAGCCUGCCGCGGAGCACCCUCUACUGCCACUACCUGCUGCACUGCCAGGAGCAGAAGCUGGAGCCCGUCAACGCCGCCUCCUUCGGCAAGCUCAUCCGCUCCGUCUUCAUGGGCCUGCGGACCCGCCGCCUUGGCACCAGGGGCAACUCCAAGUACCACUACUAUGGCCUGCGCAUCAAGGCCAGCUCACCCCUGCUGCGGCUGAUGGAGGACCAGCAGCACAUGGCCAUGCGAGGCCAGCCCUUCUCGCAGAAGCAGAGGCUCAAGCCCAUCCAGAAGAUGGAGGGAAUGACCAAUGGUGUGGCCGUGGGGCAGCAGCAGACCACGGGGCUGUCGGACAUCAGUGCCCAGGUCCAGCAGUACCAGCAGUUCCUGGAUGCCUCUCGGAGCCUCCCUGACUUCACAGAACUCGACCUCCAGGGCAAAGUGCUGCCCGAGGGCGUUGGGCCGGGGGACAUCAAGGCCUUCCAGGUCCUGUACCGGGAACACUGUGAGGCCAUUGUCGACGUCAUGGUGAACCUGCAGUUCACUCUGGUGGAGACGCUGUGGAAGACCUUCUGGAGGUACAACCUCAGCCAGCCUAGCGAGGUGCCGCCACUGGCCGUGCACGACGAGGCUGAGAAGCGGCUGCCCAAGGCCAGCCUGGUGCUCCUCUCCAAGUUCGAGCCUGUGCUCCAGUGGACCAAGCACUGUGACAACGUGCUAUACCAGGGCCUGGUGGAGAUCCUCAUCCCCGACGUGCUGCGGCCCAUCCCCAGUGCCUUGACCCAAGCGAUCCGAAACUUUGCCAAGAGCCUGGAGAGCUGGCUCACCCACGCCAUGGUGAACAUCCCCGAGGAGAUGCUGCGGGUGAAGGUGGCAGCAGCCGGCGCCUUCGCGCAGACGCUACGGCGCUACACAUCGCUCAACCACUUGGCGCAGGCGGCGCGGGCCGUGCUGCAGAACACCGCGCAGAUCAACCAGAUGCUGAGCGACCUCAACCGCGUGGACUUCGCCAACGUUCAGGAGCAGGCCUCGUGGGUGUGCCGCUGCGAGGACCGAGUGGUGCAGCGGCUGGAGCAGGACUUCAAGGUGACGCUGCAGCAGCAGAACUCGCUGGAGCAGUGGGCGGCCUGGCUGGACGGUGUUGUGAGCCAGGUGCUCAAACCCUACCAGGGCAGCGCCGGCUUCCCCAAGGCCGCCAAGCUCUUCCUCCUUAAGUGGUCCUUCUACAGCUCCAUGGUGAUCCGGGACCUGACCCUGCGCAGCGCUGCCAGCUUCGGCUCCUUCCACCUCAUUCGGCUGCUCUAUGACGAGUACAUGUACUACCUGAUCGAGCACCGCGUGGCACAGGCCAAGGGCGAGACCCCUAUCGCUGUCAUGGGCGAGUUCGCCAACCUGGCCACCUCACUGAACUCCCUGGACCCAGACAAAGACGAGGAGGAGGAAGAAGAGGAGGAGAGCGAGGAUGAUCUGCCGCAGGACAUCUCGCUGGCGGCUGGCAGCGAGUCACCCGCGCUGGGCCCCGAAACCCUGGAGCCGCCGGCCAAGCUGGCGCGGACUGACGCGCGCGGCCUCUUCGUGCAGGCACUGCCUUCCAGCUAA